UCUACUUCACUCAGCAGUCAGCAGGAUUAAAAAAUCCCCAAAAUUAUUUGAACCAAAGAAGCAAAAACCCUAAUAAAUCCCCAGCUAUUUCCCCCUUUUCUCUGUCCUCUAAUUCUUGCUAAAUCUCAAUCAAUCUUGUCAUUCCUUUUCUCUUUUGGCAUAUCUAAACAUUAAAUCCAAUGAUUGGUACUAAGCGUCGAAGUGUUUCUUUAAGUUCAAAUGCUGAUGAUAACCCUAUAUUGAGGAUUAAUUUAGUGCAUUGGAUAUAUGCAAGAAGCAAAUAGGAAUAUUGUGCUGGAAAUUGAGUUUCAAAGCAAAAAGACCGUAGCAGAAUCUCCAGUAGGUGGUCAAGAAACUGCAGUCUUACCAUCACCUGAAGUGAAAAUAGUUGCAACACCAUCUUUGGAUCGGCGCAAGGCUGCUCAACAACAUGUGAGGGCUUUAAAUACUGAAUUCGCAAGUUGGGUGCAAUGCCAGUUACGAGAUCAUCCAGAUGAACUUUGGGAAGAUGGUCUCAAGGACUACGUAAGCCAGGCUUCCAACAUACGGGAGAAAUUCACUGAUGUUGUCAAUUGGCUAAAAGCAAAGACUGAUAGUGAAGGUAGUACAUCUUUUUUGGGAACCCAGGUCAGUGAAAAGCAAAAGGCACUGGAAACAAACAUCAAGGAUCUAAAAUCUAGCACUUUUGUGUUUGGUAGUAGUGCCAACACAGGCUUCAUACCUCCUUCAAACUCCGGCACAUCUAGCACAACCUCAGUUCUCAGCUCAACAAGUUCAGCGCCUUCAUGGAGUUUCGGUUUAUCUGCGAGUAGUCAAGCUCUUUCACAAGAUACGAGUGCUCCUCCAGUAACUUCGUGGAGUUCAGGAGUAUCCUUGAAUACUAAAUCAGUGUCACCUGUAAAAACUGGUAGUCUUUUCACUUCACCUAGUUUUGGAGUAUCAUCAAAUAAUCAAGCAACCUCAUCAACUACUACCAGCUUUAUGAAGUCUACAAGUUCGGGAAUAUUCCCAAAUAAAACACCAUCUUUUGGUUCUUUCAAUGUUGGAAUUCCCUCGAAUGGUCAAGCAACUUUCACGUUUGGGAAUCAUAAACCAGAUGCUACGAAUGAAAGUAAUAAAGAGGACGUGGAUGAUGAUAAUGAACCCGAGCAACCAAGUAGCCCAUCCGUGAAAAGCUCUGAAGAGAAAGGUAUCACUGUGGUGCAUGAAACCAAAUGCAAGCUCUAUGUAAAGUCAACUGAUCCGGCUGACAAGGAGCCAUGGAAGGAUAAAGGUGCUGGCAAACUCUUCAUCAAAUGUUUGGAGGCUGCUACGAAGGGUACAAAGGAAUCCAAACCAAGGAUACUUGUCCGUAAUGAUGUUGGAAGGAUAAUGCUUAACGCUUCAUUAUACCCUGGCAUCAAGACAAGUUUGCAGAAAAAUGCCAUUGUGACCAUAUUCCAUACUUCGGAAGAUAGUGGAGAAAAUGUUAAAGCUAUUGCUCGUACGUUUUUAAUACGAGUAAAAAACGAGGAGGAAAGAGAUAAGUUGGCGGAUACUAUACGUGAACAUGCACCAAUGGCUUGAGAACAGACUUGGCUUUUCGUUGGGUGUUGAUCCAUAGAUUCUGCUGGUGGCGUGGGCUGGACUUAUCUCUUUUGCCUGCUGGUAUAUUGUUCUCUGCCGCAGUUUUGGAAAGGCGAGCUUGCAGGAAAAUGAAUACAAAAAAGCCCCCUUUGUGCCAGAAUACCCAAUGUAACAAAUGAAUUGAUGCAGAGGAAGGAAGGGUGUAUCAUUAACAUUAGUGAGAUAGCAAGAAACUAAACUUUGUAUCUUCUCUUUUUUAUUGGUGUUGUAUGAUACAAAUUUGUCAUCAAAUUGUUAUGGUACUUGAGCUCUUUUGCAAAUUAAUCAAAUACGAUUUUCCAUA